AUGGCGUACCCCCAGUUUGAAGAUUCAGCGGGUGCAUUCAUUCUGGACACCGAUGCUAGCAAUGUGUCGUUUGGUGCAGUUCUCAGCCAGAUCCAGGAUGGAACUGAGCGACCAAUCGCCGAACCUGAAGCACAUGUGCACAGUGAGUCUUCACCACUGGCACCAACGCCGCCGCAAGAUGCUACCCCGUCUCCUUCGCCGAGUCCGCCACCUCUUGCCCGUGAUGUUCCGUUGUCAGCUGCUGAUGUUCCUCCGGCUGCCGAGAUUCUUCCUCCCGCCGUUUUUGUUCGUCCUCCUGGUGCCUCUGCCGCUGGACCGUUGCCGGAUUGUUACAAGCCUCAGAGUCUUCUUGCUCCGUAUGCUGAUCCUGCUCUGUCUGAGUGUUUCACGAGGUAUGAUGCUGCUAGUGGCAAGUUUGUUCGACCGCCUGAAGCCGUUUCCCGUCCUCCCGACUGUCAACCGCCUGCCGUUACUGCUUCUAGUCCUGACCAGCGGACACUGUCCGAUGAUGAUUUGCCGCGCUGCGUUCCGCCGCUACAGCCGUCGUCUUCUGGUCCAGUCCGUACUUCUUCUCCUGUUUCUCGUCGUUCUGGCUGUGUUCGCACUGCACCAGUUUGA